AUGGCGAACGCCCGGUCAAAGUCACCACCGGACGAUGCCGGCGACGUCUCACCAAUGGGCAACGGCUCAGGCUCGAUAGCCACUACCAAGAUGCGCAAGAGAACCAAGACUGGUUGCUUGACGUGCCGCAAGCGCCGUAUCAAGUGUGGCGAAGAGCGCCCUACCUGUGCCAAUUGCAUCAAAUCUAAGCGUCAAUGUGAAGGGUAUAACCAGCGAGUUAUCUUCAAACCUCCCAUUGGAGGCUGGCCCAAUCACCCAGGUGUCGUCAGUACCAUCCAGUACCACACAUCGAUGCUCCCUGGCACACGGAAUCCACAAUACCCAGCACCCCGGACGGGUGGCCGAGCUCAAGAGCACGCACCAGCUCCCCUCCAGCCUCGGCCUUCAAGCAGCUUCGACAUGGCCAGCAUGGAGGCUGCUGGCUCCAUUGGGCUGUCAACCAGUUCUCAAGUGCUUGUUGGAGGACCAAACGCCUACUCCCCAGAGCAAACAUAUAACCAGCCGCUCCCAUCACCACAUCAUCAACAGCCGCUCCACUCGCCCCAUCAUCUCAUCCAGAAUCCUACGCCCACCACAUCCUACUUUCCACAACCGUCACCCAUACACACCAAUUUCUCCGUGUCAUACGGUCACAGCCAGAACGCUGCAUAUUCAGAUCCGCAACGAUAUCCACAGAACCCGGGUCUUUACCAACCGACACCGGUCUCGUUUGACAGCUACGCUGAGAAGCUCGCUACGUCGCAGGCACUGCCUGGUCAAGCACUAUACCAACAAAACUAUCCUUCGCCAACGCAAAGCGAGGAUCAGAAUGUAUAUGUCCAGCAGUCGAAUAUGUCGCCACGAGAAGACACUUUCCCUCAAUGUGCAAGCCAGCGACCUGCCAUGCAGCGAUAUCACAGUCACCCACAGAUUCCUGGCCAUCACCCGCAGAUCAGUCCGGUUGGUGUGAGCCAGGCUGGCUAUCCAUUUUCUUCGGUUUUACAAGCUCCAGAUUUCUCGCACUCCGAUUAUUCACCUGUCCAGAUACCCUCACAUGAUUUUGUGGAUGUAAAGUACUUACCUCCACCAGUUCUCGAACGAUCUACCGCCGUUUAUCAAUCGCAACCCGAAUUACCACGGUUACUUCUUAGCGGCUUUGCUGGCGAAGACCACGUCAGCCCAUCUCAGGUCCUCGACGAGGCCGCGGUCGAAUACGAAGACGACGACUACUGGGAUGUGCAAUCUGACGAGGAGAUGAUCGACCGGGAAGAUGGAGACGGAGGGAACACCAUGGUCGCGAGUAAGGAAUUUGAAAUCAUUCGACGCAUACACUUCGAGAACUCUAGCGAGCUUGGCAUCAGACGCUACGAUGCCUUCUUGUAUGAUGGUCUCUUGACACGAUACAAGCCGGAGUAUGCGGCGAGUCCUCUGAGAAACCCAAAGACAGCCCGAGUCUUCGCACAUUUUAUACAUGUGAACGUCGUAUCGUAUCAUGGAGCUCGCGAGUAUUUGCUAACAUCCGCCGAAUUGCAGACCGCCGUCAGCAUCUCCAUCUACGAACGAAACCCCAGAAACUCGUCUUUGAUCUUCGAAGGGUCCAUGUCGCCUGCGCAACAAGGUUUGUGGACAUACAUAUUACCACUCAAGGCCCUCAACCAUCAAAGCUUGCUCCACGCUAUGCUCGCUUUGUCGAGCCUGCAUAUUGCAAGACUCCAAGGGGCGUCCAUCACGCCUUCCUACAAGCACUAUGCGUACUCCUUAAAGCGACUGGGAAGGUCGCUGGGUAACCCAAAGAAAAGACUCUCCAUACCGACUCUAGCAACAGCCUUGCUUCUUGCUUUCUACGAGGUGUGGACCGCUGAGCAUACGAAGUGGUCAACUCAUCUUGUCGGCGCGGCGCAACUACUCACUGAGCUCGAUUUCCGUUCGUUGACGCGAGAAGCUCAACAUUUGAAGACUAUGCAGGUCGUAAAAGCGAGACAGUAUCAUGAGAAUACUGGGAUAAUACUCGGCCAAGAUCAGCUGCAUACAAAUCUACAAGAGAAGGACCUCGGGCCAGACGAGAACCUCGUAAGCACGGUCAUUGGCAAGCAAGUCAGCUACGACGACUUCGGUAUGAUCAUUGAGGACAACGGUGCUAGACAAGAUACAAAGACACGAUUAUCAGGCAAUUUCGACAUGAGGAGCUUUGAGACACUCCAAGACCUAUACUGGUGGUACUGUCGCCACGACAUGUGGCAGAGCUGCAUCAGCGGUAACCCUUUGAUCACUCCUUACCGAAAAUGGUCCGAUUGUCCGCCACGCGCACCCCUCGGUCGCGCAGAUGCACUGUACGGCUCUCAUGACCAUAUCGUUUUACUCAUCGGUCGUAUUGCAGACUUCACAUGUCGCGAUCGAGAGCGGAAGCUUAGGCAAGUCAAGGCUGACGGCGGGCAAUGGAGACCCAGACCAGGCAUGCCUGGCGGCCCACAAGCAGGUAUGAGCCGAAGUCAGCCGCCAACACCUGGUGCUGGACCUCCUCUAUCUGGAAUGCAAGGCCCGCCACCUGGAUGGACAGGUGGUCCUCCACCAGGCUGGAACGGUCCCCCGCCAACAGGCUUCGGGCCUCCCGUAGGCAGUCCACCGACACCACGAGACAGCCCUCCAUGCGGACCACCACCUCAGAUGCCGAAUUUCUUUGGCAUGGCUCCCGCUAGACCACACGCAUCUAUUACUACGCACUACGCAAACCCCGAAUACGAGCGCUCACCACCAACAGCUCACGCGCCGAACCCACAGUACGCGGACCUACCCUCCGCCUACGAUUCCGCAAUCUCCGAGUGGGACCAGAUCAACGCUGCCCACGCAACAAUUGCCCAAGUCCUCUCCAGCAGCGAAGCAUUCGCGCCGCUGCCUCCAGAUCUGCAAGUCAUCCCUCCUGGCGAAACAAGCACAAUGACACCCUUCGGCCCUGCCCUCGUUCACCGCAGCUACGACAUCUCCGUGCUCUGGACGCUCCUGCAUCUCAGCAAAAUCAUCCUGCUGCGCGCCCACCCCGCUAUGCCGCCAGCAAUGAUGGUGGCAGCCGGCGUAUGCGCACAGGCCACGGGUCCAUACGCAACACUCAUCGGCCGCAUCACCGCCGGCAUAUCACUCCCGGCUGGAGAUCUCUCGCCGUUCCUUGGCUCCGUGUUGCAGGAAAGUACCAUGAGUUUGUUCUUUGCGGGCGUACAAUACCAAGAUGCAACGCAGCGCGAGUGGACGGUCACCCGCCUUCUUGAGAUCGAUAGGCGCACGGGCUGGGCUAGCGCGGGCGUCAUUGCGAGAGGUGUGGAGACGAGUUGGGAGAAGGCCGCGCAGAUGGGACGUGGGCCGCCGUAUAAGAGAAGGACGCGCAGGGCGGGCGAGGAAGGACCGCUGGUGCUGGACGAGGAGGGUGGGAGUCCGAGUACGUGGAGACACAAAGAGGGGGACAAUGCAGUGGGGAUGGGAGUGAGAAUGGAGGAAGUGGUUGAGGAUCAGGGCGAGAGGAGAUUCCUGGUUAGGCCCCGGAUGGUGACGUGGGCGAAGAAUGUUUUCGGCACGGAGGAGGAUUUGCAAGCUGGGAUGGAAAGAGUUGAGCUUCAGUAG